AUGUGCAACGAACUCAAGCAUUACCUGGUCAAGCAGGACUGGGCCGCUGGCGACGCCAAGGCUGAGCUCCGCGCGCGCUUCUCUUGGCUGGAUGACGACGACUUCGCUGCCGCCUGCGACGGCACCCUGGGCCCCAAGUACCUCUACCGCAUGAUCCCGGAGCUGCACCCCCUCAAUACGGACGUCGAGGACCUCGACGUUAUCGGAAAGGCCAUCGACAAGGGCAGUGGGCAGUAUGAGUAUGUGCCCGCCAAGAUUUGCCCCGGCGACGCUGUCGGCCACUUCAUGACCGCCUUCCCCAACAUGACGACCCUUACCGUCGCGUGGACCAACCUCGUGUCGGUCAUGGCCGCUGGUGCGCGUGACCCGGCCGAGGGCAUGCGCCUCAUGCUGGCCAUGAACGAGUACUUCUCGUGGCUCGCCGAGGCCUCCGAUUUCUACACCUGGGAGUCGGUAUGCAAGUACCACAUCCGCUUUACGCGCCAGCUCUUCCACAAGGGUGCCAAGGCCGACAAGUUUGCCGACAUGCACAACGGCAAGUACACCGUCAUCCUCAACCCCAAGUGA